GGGCUGUGUGAGGUUAAAACUGGGUGUUUUCAGGAUAAACAGGCACAGUUGGAAUAAAAUGAAAAUAUUUGAUGUUGAACAAUCUCUCUCCAAUUAUUGUUUAAGCAUUUAUCCUCGAUCAACAGGGAGGCAGAUUUGUGAAGCAUUAUUUAACUUGGUAUCUCCCACCAAGUUCAAAAAGAGCUCUUCCCGCCACUGAGAGCAGCAACACGGUAAAACACAAAGCGGUUCAGCUGUAAUAAAGAAGCACACAGUGAGUAUUAUAUCUACAUAAAGACUUUAUUUAUAAUCCCGUCUCAUAAAUGAAUCAGCUGUGAGAUCGUCAAUCACAUGAACUACUAAACAAACCGACUUCCUGCUUCAAACGGUGAAGAGUCGGAGAUACACUCUUACGACUCAUAUUUACUCAUUCUGCUCUACACUGUACAGCUCUCUCAUCCCAAAGCACUGCUAUGUUGUACAUAUUUACUAACUCGUAGUAUCUUCUAUUAUACUUUUACUGUACUUGCUCUAUUCUCCUGCAGUACUUUGUCGUCUGUAUAUUUCAUUGUACGCACCAAACGACAGCUCAAAUUCCUUGUAUGUGAACAACCUUGUUGGCAGAUCCUUUUAUUCUGCUGAGUUGUAUUUACUCUCUCUGUGUGUCAGAGAUGUCUGAUCAUUCAGAGGAAGCGUGGACAUCAGCUCUGACCACCAUGCUGGAGGAUCUGGAGGAGAAGCAGUACAAGAAGAUGCUGGAGUGUUUGGUUAAAAUCCCCCGUAGUAAAAGGUACGACACACCCAAAGAACAGAUGCCUGCAAUAAUCAUCCAGUUCUACGGACUACCGGGCUCCAUCUCUGCCAUCCAUGACGUGAUGGCUAAGAUACCCAGGAACGACCCCAAAAUGCAGAACCUGCUGCGCCCCCACGUGGAAAAACUGAGGCAAGAACAGGAGAAAGACAAGCAGGAGAAGAGGAAAUGUGAGGAAGAGGAGGAUGGCGUGUUGACAGAUCAACGGAAGAGCUGCCAACCCGACAACGAGAGAGGCGCUCCAUGGAAGAAAUCCAUCCGUGAUCUGAAAUCCAGCACGAUCCUUGAGAGGGAGGGCUUUGUUGGGAAAGUUGUUCAGAAAUCUGGGCUGCGUCCGUAUCAGAACAAAGACAAAGCCAGAAAGUGUUUCUUUUAUCUGGCAGUCGUUGAUGAGACGGCCAGCGCUAAAGUGAAAGUAUACGGAAAAGAUCGCUAUGAAGAACUCAAGGAGGAGAGCUCCUACUUGUUCUCUAGAAGCCUAAUCAAAGAAGAUGAUGUCAUUAUGGUUACCACGUUGAGCAAAGUGUCCCAGACGAGAGCCGUUGACGUCCCAGAGGAGCUCGAGAUGGAAGCUACGAGGCUGAUUUAUCCAGAGGGUACAGUUUACUCCAUUGAAGAAGCCAAAAUAUCUGCCGACAAGACCAAAGUGAGCGUCGGAGGAACCGUAACAGAGGUGAGUUUAAAGUGAAGGAUUUACUCUCUGUCUACUCACUAUCAAAGUGUUGGAACAGUGAAACGCUCAGUUUGAUAUUUACACAAGGAAGAAAAGACAUCUGCCAGCUGUGAUUGGUUGUUCCUCGUCACACGUUUCCAAAAGUUGAACUACUUUUAUCUUGGAGUGCUCUCGCUGUAGAGAGCGAUGCACUCCACUCGUC